AAGAUAGUUAAAAGGUUUUAAUAUUUGAUUUGUAUGCUAUUUAUUUGCAGAUUAUGGCAAAGUCAAAAGACUUAAAAGUGUUUUUGGAGUCGUCUCUGAACGAGAUUUUUAAAGCCACAGUAAGUGACAUAUUGGACUCAGUGGACCAAACGUUGUCUGAGUACAAGGGCAAAAUACAAAUAAUUGAAAGUGAGAAUGAGGAUCUUAAACGAAGGCUGCACGAACAAGACAAUAAGGAUUCGAUCGUAAAGGACCCUGAAAGUAACCAGGACGUGGUUCACCUCCCAGACUUAUCAAGGAAGACAUGUUCCAGCCGUUCAUCUGUCAGCCAAUCCCAUAAGCCAAUCAAAACACAGGGUGAUGAGAGGAGGAGCUCCAGGAGACAGCACAAGGGCAAGAUACCUCAGAGCAGAGGGUCUGUCUCCAUUAUGGAUCCAGCAGCUCAGCAGGAACCAGAAUGCCUCAAAAACAUCCCAGACACUGCGGUUUCCACCCUCAUUUUCAAAAACAUAAAGACAGAACCUGAUAUGGAGGAUGACUAUGCUAUAGACCUCUCAAAACCACCAUCUCCUCUCAACCUGGCAUCUCAGCAAAUUAAGAUGGAGAGUGCUGAGUUGAGCUAUAUCAUUCCGGAAGAGUAUGAUGAACAUUUUCAGUCACCACUGGACACAGAUGUGGACUCUAGAGACAGCGACAGUGAUGUCAAAGUCACCAUAGUGUCUGACAUUCACAUGGAGAUGGGAGACGAUGAGGGUGGCCAUUUUGUUGAAUCGGAGGGAAGGCUGUGUCACAAUGAUACUGGAGAGUCUGAGCCAGAAGAAGAUUCUUUCUUGGCAUACUACCCUGACACGGGAACUGACCCUGCUGGGACGACAGGGGAGGACAUUUUACCAACUCUGAACUCUCACGCUACAGAGCCCUCUAAAAACACACAAGGCUUCUACAACUGCACCCAGUGUGAGAAGACAUUUAGUCGAGUGAGCUCCCUCAACAUUCACAUGAGGAAUCAUAGUGGCGAGAAGGCCCACUGCUGCAACUACUGCGGCAAACGCUUUGGCCGGGCAGACCUGCUCAAGUCCCACAAGCGCACUCACACAGGAGAGAGACCGUUCAGCUGCAACCUCUGUGGGAAGAACUACAGUCACCCGGGCCAGCUCAGAAUACACAAGCGUGUUCAUACGGGAGAGCGACCGUACUGCUGCCCACAUUGUGGGAAGCGCUUCAGUGAACACAACCAGCUUAAAGUCCACUUACGAACUCACACAGGAGAGAGGCCAUACAGUUGCACUGUCUGCACCAAAACAUUUAGCAACGCAGGUAACCUGAGAAUACAUCAGAGAAUACACACAGGGGAAAAGCCUUACUGCUGUGUACAGUGUGGCAAGAGGUUCAAUGGUAUGGGGGACCUCAAAACACAUUACAGGAUUCAUACAGGGGAGAGGCCGUACCACUGUGACCUGUGUGAGAAGACCUUCAGCCAGGCAGGCCACCUCACCAUACACAAGCGGAUGCACACGGGAGAGAAACCAUACACGUGCUCAGAGUGUGGUAAAAGCUUCAGCGUGGCGAGCAGCCUCAAGCUGCACCUGAGGACUCAUACAGGGGAGAAACUCUUCAGCUGCUCUUACUGUGGGAAGAGCUUCAGUAGGUCUGGCCAUCUGAAGAGACACGAACAGGUCCACACCAAGGAGAAGGUCUACCCCUGUGACCUGUGUGGGAAGACCUACACUGACCAGUCAUCCCUCAAAAAGCACCAGAAGACUCAUGGAGAUGAGGAGAUGAGGACUGAGGAGAUUGAGGGCAGUACCAGUGGGACUGAUGUUCCCCAUAACCUGGAAAUAAAGAUUGAGGACUAAGACAGUCAUAUUACUGUAUGUGGUACAUUGCAAUAUAUAUGGAUAUUUAAUGUUGAUGUAUCAGUACAGUGUUGGAGAAACACUCUGCUGAAUUUCAUGAGAACUCAAGUUUAGAUUUGUCCCAAGUAGUAGGACAGCAAACUGCUUUUAGUGGAUGUAGCCUAAGAGCUAGUCUUUGCCAGUAUUAAACUAUGGUAAUAAUUGUAAUUUGUGGUAGUCUUUCUAUAUAUAUAUAGUGGUAAUGUUGUUUACUAACACUGUACAUAGCUUUUAAGUCAUAUUCUCUAAGUAAAUUUAGA